AUAGACCAAUCAAAUUGCGUCCCGCACGUUUUGCCGCGAAAUGCCGAGAAGAGCCUUUGUUCUACCGGAAAUAGAAAAACAACAACAAGCGUUCAAACAGAAAUGUUGACGUGUGUUAGAGUCCGCAGCUCCGGAGGCGAGGGGCCGUUUGUCCGGAGGUGAGGGGCCGUUUGUCCGGAGGUGAGGGGCCGUUUGUCCGGAGGUGAGGGGCCGUUUGUCCGGAGGUGAGCGACUCUGUUGUCGGGCAUUAGCAGCUAGCUCCCUGUAGCUAACAUGCUAACACCAGCCGGUGGCUGCUAACAUCCCCGCUCCUCCGUCCUCUCCCUGCCCGCUGUGUAGUGAACCAUAGCCCGGCUCCUGACCUCAUGGAUCCCGGGUACCUGGACUCCAGCCUCCCGCAGCCCGACAACCCGUGUCUGAUCGUGGAGGACUCUCAGCCGGACAGCGUCGCCCUGGAGGACGAUCCUGAGAGCAGCUACCGAGCCCUGCUGGCCCGGCGCCUGUCCAACCUGCAGCCCAGCUCCCGGAGCCCGGUGCUGGAACUGAUCUCCUCACCUCUGGGAAGCAGAUGCUCUCAGACAGACUCAGAAAGUUCCCAGAGUAACAACCAGGCUGAAGCUGGGAUUCUCACAGCAGUCAACCUGAGCUCAGCGCUCCAGGAGGACGAGAGUCAAGUUCUCAACAUCUGCCCUCCUCCAAACAAGAAGAGUUCACCAGAGGAACCAGAUAUGGAUUCUAGAGCGGACUCUACCACACACUGCUGUCCGGCUGAAGAGGGAACCUCUCAGUUUGGUUUUCUCGAGCUUUCUCAGACUCAAGAUCUGUGCAGUGAAGCAGUGAACAGUCGGGGGGAAGAUAUCGGCCCGCAGCCAGACUGUGAGAGACGCAACAAGUUAGCUGAGCAGAGCAUCGGCUCCAGGACUUCAGCGAAUCAGGACAACAAAUCUGCGAGAUCUGAGGUGAGCUCCAGCAGCUCGUCAGACUCUGCAGCUCCUUCAGGCCGACAGCUGAGUGUCCAGGUUCUGCUGCACUCUGAGGGUCUGCAGGCCUCAGGUGAACAGAAGCAGCUGGACUGUGACAUCCCGUCCUCGCAGGAAGACAUGUUCGAUGCUGACAAGUCGGGAGCUGCAGUUGACAGCACGGUAUCUGAGCAGGAGCAGCAGGGUCACCCGACCCCGACACCGUCCCACACCCUCCGACUGCUGCAUCUGUCUGGACAGGGAACACUGGUGCAGGAGAGUCUGUCCCAGAGCUCGGCUGAUUAUGUUGCUCCGACUCCAGACAACUUCAGCCACACUCCUUUAAUUGUUCCCAGCUCCCCGACCGGACCAGAGCAUGAACACGGUGCUGAUGAACCAAUGGAUACUUCGUUGCCCCCAGAAGACCGAGCAGGGGCGAGGGAAGAACAGCCAAUGGAAACGGAGGCCGUCUCUAAGCCACAGCCAUCUGCCUCCACGCCCGUAUCCCAGAAUUCCCCUGGUUUUGCAUUGGAUCGUACGCUCUCUUUACCCACCCAACCAGAGUUCUCGCAC